AUGGCGCAGACAAACCCAGCAGGACUUUUCAAGAUUACUGCUUAUGAUCAAGAAAACUUCCAAGGUAAAAGGAUGGAAUUUACCACAUCCUGUAAGAACAUCAUGGAGUGUGGAUUCGACAAUAUUCGGUCUAUCAAAGUCAACUGUGGAGCGUGGGUUGGUUAUGAACAUUCUAGUUUCUUUGGGCAACAAUUUGUCCUGGAGAAAGGGGAAUACCCACGCUGGGAUGCCUGGAGUGGCAGCAACGCCUACCACAUCGAGAGGCUUACAUCCUUCCGCCCCAUUUGCUCUGCUCACCACAAAGAGUCCAAAAUUAUCAUUUUUGAGAAGGAAAACUUCAUUGGCAAACAGUGGGAGAUGUGCGAUGAUUACCCCUCUUUGCAAGCCAUGGGCUGGGGCAACAAUGAGGUUGGAUCCAUGAAAGUUCAAGCUGGCGCAUGGGUGUGCUACCAGUACCCAGGAUACCGUGGCUUCCAGUACAUUAUGGAAUGUGAUCGCCAUGCCGGAGAGUACAAACACUGGAGGGAAUGGGGAUCCCACGCGCAGACCUGUCAGAUCCAGUCACUCCGCCGCAUUCAAGAGUAAAUCUUUUCCGAGAACCUCAGCAGAGUAUCACAGAGGGGCUGUACCUCUAUGGUACACUCGGUAGUGUAUUCUACUGUAGAUCAAGCACCUGUGUACAGAGAUUGAUUUAACAUCUCAUUACAAUAUAACUUGGAUUAUUAAAAUAUUCAAAUAAAAGUC